CGCACUUGCCGCAGUGUCGCACGCAAGAUCCACGGAUCUCGUAGUAUGCGAUCGCGUAGCUGGCAAGCUUGGGAACAUUGGAAUGACUUCUCGACCCACAUGAACAGCUGAGUUGCUCGAAAACGCGGAAAGAAGACUGCGAUCCGCUAGCGGUUGCCCUUCCCGUAGUUGCAAUAUGUCAGUGGAACCGCUGAAACUGCUGUGCAGCCCGACUUCCCUGGAACGGGACCGUGGAUAUCAAGAGGCGCAGAGGUAUUUGACAAGCGCGCAAGGCGCCGACGUGAGCGUCUUCGAAGCCGCCGUGCUCGCCAAACUUCAGCAGUGCGACAAAUGCACCUGGGAAUCGAAACUCGGCGCUCUCCUGGGCGCCAAGGCGAUCGUCGAACACCGACGCAGCUCGCAGCAAGCCAGCAACGAGGCGUUCGACGAAAGCGUCGCUCGCGUUUGCAUUUCCUUGGUGACGGACCCCAGCGUGAACGUGCGGCUAGAGGCCGGUCAAGUAUUGGGCACCCUCUGCGCUGUCGACGGCGUCAAGCUGUACGCGAAGUAUCACAAGGACCUCGUGCGUUUCAUCGAAACCUACUUGGACAAGGACCCCUCGGAGUGCGGCAGCCUUCAGGAGGAAAUGAAGAGCGAAACCAGCGGCUCUUCUCCUGAUUCAUCGAGUGCUGCAAAGAUCCUACUAAACACCGUCGGCUGGAGGCACCUGGAGACAAGCAUGAAGUGCCUGCAAUAUGUUAUCGACGGCUGCGGAGCAAGCUUCGAGGAGUUUGUCGACAACACGCUCCUCGAACUUCUGUGCAGAACAGUGCAACACGUCAGCCGCUUCGUUCGUGAGACAACGUUUUGCGUCAUCUCGUCUCUCAUCACCUGUUGCUCAGUGACGGGAUCGAAAAGCCCCUUCACUGUGAACCACUGUGGGCCAAGAAUUAGCAAGUGCCUCGCGCUUGGUCUGGCUGACAACUGGAGUCAGGUUCGGCUGGCGGCGUCGGAGGCGACCCGAAAGUUCUUGCUCUCCUUCAAUGAAAAGGAGCGCGAGCUCUUCUUUCCCGAUCUACUGCCCCAGAUGUGCCUUAAUAGAUACUACACUGCCGAUGGAGUGCGCAUAUAUUCCCAGGAGACUUGGCGUCGCAUUGCCAAAACGGAAGGCAGGGAGUUGGUUCAGAGGCACAUCACUUGCGUGGUAGACUAUUAUAUAUCUCAGGCAGCUGCCGAAAAUCACGCUGUUCGCGAGGCGGCCUGCGCCUGCAUCGCGGAACUUGCCUCCAAGAUAGCUCACGAUGUCGUGAGGCCGCAUGUGUCCCGGCUUUUCCAGACCCUCCUCAUUUGCUUCCGAGACCCUUCGUGGGCAGUUCGGGAUGCCGCUUGUCUUGCUUGCGGAAACUUCAUGCUGUGCUACCCUGAAGAGUCAAAGGCAUCUUUGAAAACCGUCUACCCAUUGUUCUUCAACAAUCUCCAAGACUGCAUCCCGUCAGUGCGGCAAGGAGCCGCGGCCGCCCUUGCCAAUGUCGUCAGAGCGUAUGGCCAAGAGGCCUUUCAGGUGGUGAAGCCCAAAAUCACAGAGGGCCUAGCCGGUGUGGCCAAGCAGCCAGCAGAGACUCUCCACUACAGGGACAUCCAGGGAUGGGGAUCUGGCAGCGGCAGCAGUGCCACGCCCAACAUCAAGGCCAUCAAGAAGCUCCACGACAAUGAUCCGGCCCUGCACACUAACCAGCCGGCUUAUUCUUGCGAAAAUCUUACUCCGAGGGCGGGGCUGCCGACAGACUGGAACUACCGGAAACCGUCGGAGCCUUGGGAGUUGGCUGAUGGGUGUAUCCACCUGAUAGCGGAGCUGUCCCAAGUACCUCAGGUGUCGACGAGCGUCGCCGAAUUCCUGCCUGCCCUCUCGGAAGCGUCGAGGCACCGGCACUACGCUCACCACGUGGUCUUGCUGGAGACCUUGUGCAGUCAGCUCCCCAACAUCGUGAAAGGUGUGGGAAAGCGAGUGUUCAAGGUGCACAUUGAGCUCUUCUUCGAGCCCAUCUUCUACAGUCUGAACUGCGAGAACGCCCUGACGUCCAGUGCGGCAAGCCAGUGCCUGAAUCAGCUUGCGAGUUUGUUUGGACCCAGCAUACUGAGGGCGAGAGUGGAGCAGUGGAACUCGAGGUACUUGGAACAGCUCGACGCCAAUCUCCACAUAGCCGGUCUUUGAAUCACGUUGCACGGACGCCCGACAAGCCUCGACGUAUCAACAAUCCUGCGUGCCACUACGGGACUUAAAAUCCUUGUUCGCCGAAUUCUUAUCCCUUUUUGCACGUAGCACUAGACACAGAAGGCACGAUUGUCUUUUUUUUUUUAUAAAGCCUCACUCGUAAAGUAGAUUUGGGAGGUGUUUUACGCUUUCCAAUGCGAAGUCGUACCAUUCCACGCAAAGUCGUUCGAGAGAAAAGUCGCGGGGGUGUGAAAGGACGCGAAAAGUCGGCAGCAACGAACGUUGCGGAUUACGGCUACGCCUUCUUUCCGCGGUUCGCUGGUGAUUCACGGUGGGUCCAAGUUGCCAACCAAGAUGAUCUCUUUUUAAUGGCAGCUAUGCAAAAAACGUAUAACACACCUGCCCACACAACGCCUUCUUACAUAUCACUUUGAGAACAACUACAACAAAGAAAGUAUUCUUCAGCUUUGCUCGUUUGGAAAGCGCUCUCGAUGGUUGAAGCGCUUCCAUAUGCAAGUAUUUAUAACGGAAUAGCAUUAUUCCCCUGCCGAAACAGUGUCAAAGAACAACAGUAUUUUUUUUCUCUUUUAUUCUUUAAGACUGUGACAACUUCCUUUUCUUUUUUUUGUUUACUUCUCAACAAAGAUCUAGUCUUGGAGAGAUGCUUUGUUUUCAAACGAACAAGUUACCUGGCGCACCGACGUAUAUACGUAUAUUUUGUCUGUGUUGACCUCCCCAAACGUUUUCUUAAAAAAAUAAAAUGUUUCAAGACAUG